UCUCGCAGCAGCCUUUGGACACUUCUGAAAACGCCCUGAGUUUUCGCGGGAAAAAAAAGAAACUCCUAGCAGCUGGAAGGAUCGCGCGCUCCCGGGCUCAUUCAGGUCCUCUGCCACGCACGCGGCUUCCUCCUCGGUCACCCAAACCCAGAGCCCUAACCAGGAGCAGGCACUCCAGGCCUGAGUACAGUCCGGAUCGCAGCCGCGGGAGAGUGUAUCGUCACCAUGUGGAUCCAGGUCCGAACCAUGGAUGGGAAGGAGACCCGCACCGUGGACUCCCUGUCUAGGUUGACCAAAGUGCAGGAGCUGAGAAAAAAGAUUGCGGAGAUGUUUCACGUGGAACCCCAACUGCAGAGACUCUUUUACAGGGGGAAACAGAUGGAGGACGGCCACACACUCUUUGAUUAUGAUGUGCGCCUCAAUGACACAAUCCAGCUGCUGGUGCGCCAGAGUCUGGCACUGCCUUCCAGUUCGAAGGAACGGGAUUCUGAGCUCUCAGACUCUGACUCUGGCUAUGGUGUGGGUCAGAGCGAGUCCGACAAGUCGUCCACGCAUGGCGAAGGGGCUGCUGAAGGGGAUGACAAGACUGUGUGGGAGGACACAGAACUGGGGCUGUACAAGGUUGAGGAGUACGUGGACGUGCGUGACAACACCUUGGGUGCAUGGUUUGAGGCCCAGGUGGUCCAGGUGCAGAAGAGAGCCCCGUCCCAGGAAGAGCCUUGCAGCUCCAGUGCCAGCAUGACUCCGGAGGAUGACAUCAUGUACCAUAUCAAAUAUGAUGACUACCCAGAGAGUGGAGUGGAGGUCAUCAAAGCCAAGGAUGUCCGUGCCCGUGCCCGCACUGUGAUCCCGUGGGAGGACCUGGAGGUGGGCCAGGUGGUAAUGGCCAACUACAAUGUGGACUACCCCAGGAAGCGCGGCUUCUGGUAUGACGUUGAGAUCUGUAGGAAGCGGCAGACCAGGACGGCGCGGGAGCUGUAUGGCAACGUCAUGCUCUUAAACGAUUCUCAGCUCAACAACUGCCGGCUCAUGUUUGUGGAUGAAGUCUUUAAGAUUGAGCUCCCUAAUGAGAGGAGCCCCUUGAUUGGGAACUCCUCGCAGCCCCCUCCUCCCCUCCGGAAAACAGGGAAGAGCGGCCCGUCCUGCCAGUACUGCAAGGACGACGAGAACAAACUGUGUCGCAAGUGUGCCUGCCAUGUGUGCGGUGGGCGUGAGGCUCCUGAGAAGCAGGUGCUGUGUGACGAGUGUGACAUGGCCUUCCACCUGUACUGCCUGCAGCCACCGCUUACUUGCGUCCCCCCUGAGCCUGAGUGGUACUGCCCCAGCUGCCGGACUGACUCCAGCGAGGUGGUGCAAGCAGGCGAGAAGCUGAAGCAAAGCAAGAAGAAGGCGAAGAUGGCAUCAGCCACGUCAUCCUCCCGUCGGGACUGGGGCAAGGGCAUGGCCUGUGUGGGCCGCACCAGAGAGUGUACCAUCGUGCCCGCCAACCACUUCGGGCCCAUCCCUGGCGUCCCUGUGGGCACCAUGUGGCGCUUCAGAGUCCAGGUCAGUGAGUCUGGUGUGCAUCGGCCGCAUGUGGCGGGCAUCCAUGGGCGGAGUAAUGAUGGUGCUUACUCAUUGGUGCUGGCUGGAGGCUACGAGGAUGAUGUGGACAAUGGCAAUUCCUUCACAUACACAGGGAGCGGUGGCCGGGACCUCUCAGGCAACAAGCGUACGGCAGGACAGUCCUCUGACCAGAAGCUUACCAACACCAACAGGGCUCUGGCGCUAAACUGCAACUCCAAAAUCAGUGAGAAUGGGGCAGAGGCCAAGGACUGGCGCCAGGGGAAGCCAGUGCGUGUCGUCCGCAACAUGAAGGGUGGGAAACACAGCAAGUAUGCGCCUGCAGAGGGCAACCGCUACGAUGGCAUCUACAAGGUGGUGAAGUACUGGCCAGAAAAGGGUAAAUCUGGCUUCCUCGUGUGGCGCUACCUCCUGCGACGGGAUGACGCGGAGCCUGGGCCCUGGACCCGGGAGGGCAAGGACCGCAUGCGGCAGCUGGGGCUCACUAUGCAGUACCCCGAAGGCUACUUGGAGGCCUUGGCUAGCAAAGAGAAGAGUAAGAAGUGCCGAGCCAAGGCCUUGGAGAAGGAAUCACCCUCUAAGACAGGCUCAGCCAAGCGGAAGCCCACAGGCCAGGCCACUAAUACAUGUAUACCCAAGAAGAGCAAACUGGAGCCCUUCACGCUCCCUGUCGAACAGGCCAACCUCAUCAAGGAGGACAAGAGCAAUGCCAAGCUAUGGGAUGACGUGCUGAAUUCACUUCAGGAUGGGCCGUACCAGGUCUUUCUGAGCAAGGUGAACGAGGCUUUCCAGUGCAUCUGCUGCCAGGAGCUGGUGUUCCGGCCUGUCACCACCGUGUGUCUGCACAAUGUCUGCAAGGACUGCCUAGACAGGUCCUUCCGGGCCGAGGUGUACAGCUGCCCAGCCUGUCGCUGCGACCUGGACCACAGCUCCCCAACCCGGGUGAAUCAGCCUUUGCAGACCAUUCUCAACCAGCUCUUCCCUGGCUACGGCAGCGGCCGGUGAUGUCGCGAACCAGGCGGGGGGCCCUCGAUCCUGCUUCGAGUUCUUAGUGGGCUUAGCUUGAAGGUGUUGUCCUUCCACAUCUGCCCCUGGUGACCCGUCUGCCUUGAUCGCCAGUUAACCAGGAAUACUGUAUUCUGGCUACCACUUGGACGUCUGUCUUUCUUUUUUUCUUUUCUCUUUUUCAUAUAUAUAUAUAUACAUACAUACAACGUCUGUAAGUCUCCAAGAGAAGGGAAAAAGAACCCUGCCUUUUCUUUUUCUUUUUUGGAGAUGGAUUUGGAAACUGUUGAGCCCGCACCAACCUCAGUGCCAUGUUGUCAGUUCUCACCUUGAGAGCAGCUGCCUAGAAAAACUCUGCAACCAUCUUUGAAAAGACCAGGUAUAUCUCCCUGGCAGCCAUGCCUUAGGCCUUCACAGAAGACCUGAAGGGGACCCUGGGCCAGCCUCAGCCCUGGCGUUGCCAUCCACAUGGGUGCCUCUGGGGCCUAGCUGACACUCCUUCAGUGGGACUUGGCUGUGACCUCAGGUCUGGUCACCGGCUGAGGCGAAGCUGAUCAUGUGCCCUUAGCUCACCACCCCUUCCACUGUUAUCAGCACUGAACUGUCCGAUGCCCAUCUUGGAAGUCUGGCCGCUGGGUACUCGCUGGCUGGGUUUCGUGGAGGCUUGAGGUGUAGCGACCAGUUCUCAUCUUGUUUUUAACUCGGCAACUGAAAAUUAUGAGGGUUUUUUUUUUUAUUUUUCUAAGGGGAUGAAUGGUUUCCUUGAUGAAUUUCUUUAGUUACAGCCUGUACUGAAGAAGACUGUGAUUGUGUGGUUGGUUUUUGUUUUCUUUUGUAACUGGUAACUUUGCCAAAGUGUGCAGGCCGUACCUCAGUAGAGAAUGGGAACUGAGCACGUAACCUAACUGCAGGCAGACCGGACAGCACUGUUUUAAGGGUCACUUUUUGUGUUUCGUGGGGUUUUGUUUUGUUUUGUUUGUUUGUUUUGUUAGAUUGUUAACAUGUUAGGGAAGAAAACAGAAUUCCAUGUGUCCAUGUGAAUAUUUUCUGAAGUUCAGUUUUUUGGUUCAGAUUUUAGAUCUCAAUUAAAUUUUUUUCUGCAGAUUUGAA